AUGGAGGCGGCUGCUACUCAGCAGCUGGACGGUUUUGGGUUUGAGACCUGCCAGACUUUGCACUGGGACGGCCUCCCACCGCUGGAGAAACCAUUGGCAGCCGGGAGUAACUAUGUCCCCACCGUGUUCGAGAACUACACGGCGAGCUUCGAGAUUGACAAGCAGCGCAUCGAGCUCAACAUGUGGGACACCUCAGGCUCCGCGUACUAUGACAACGUCCGCCCCUUGGCCUACCCGGACUCGGACGCCGUGCUCAUCUGCUUUGACAUCAGCCGCCCGGAGACGCUGGACAGCGUGCUGAAGAAGUGGCAAGGGGAGACCCAGGAGUUCUGCCCCAACGCGAAGGUCGUGCUGGUGGGCUGCAAGCUGGACAUGCGGACGGACCUCCACACGCUCCGGGAGCUCUCCAAGCAGCGCCUCAUCCCCGUCACACACGAGCAGGGCAGCACGCUGGCGCGGCAGAUGGGGGCGGUGGCGUACGUGGAGUGCUCCUCCAAGGUCUCCGAGAACAGCGUGCGGGACGUCUUCCACGUCACCACACUGGCCUCCGUCAACAGGGUGCACAAACAUCUCAAGCGCAGCAACUCCAAGCGGGGACUGAAGCGGGCCUCUCAGAUGCCCAGCAGGACGGACUUGUUGAACGACACGGAGAUCAGGAAGGACCGAGCCAAGAGCUGCUCCGUCAUGUGACACACGGGCUGUAAAUAAUGUGUGUGUGUGUUGUUUCUUUUGUACAGUCACUGGCCUAGACGAGGGCGCAGCGCUGGCUGCGGGAGCCAACCUGCCUUCCCAAGGCGUUUCUCUUAGUUUCUAGGUCCAAAGAGGCUCUAGCUGCAAAUCAGGGUGCAUGUCACCCCCUCACCAUGGAGACUUCUGGAUUGGCUGUUGCUGUGCUGACUGCUUGGGGUAAAGGAACCACUCACCAGAGGAAUAUUCAGGUGCUGGAAAGUCAGUGAUGAAGGAGAGGGGAAAAAAAGGGAGCGUGUGUGUGUUUGUGUGUGUCUCCUGUCCAUGCGUCUGCCUGUGUAUGUGCAGCUGUACCUACGCACACAGCGCGGGGGGGGGCAGGUGGUGGGGUCUGGGACAGAGGUGGGGGACGUGGGAGGAACAGUCGAUGACAGAGUGUUCCUGGGCUGGAGAAAUAAUAUCCCUAUAAGAUUUUAGGACCAAAAGCAGCAGGUGAGUCAGCAGCGCGUCCUACUGGUGACUCUCCACUGGAAGGGACUGGCUCUGGCUUCAAGGGUCACCGCAAGAGGUAGGAGAUCUGGCUCAGUGAGCUGCGAGGGGAAGGUUCCCUGGGGUGGAUUAUAGCCAGCCCCUAGUGGAGGACAAAGAUAACAUACCCCUCCAGACAUUUUAAUUCCAUCUAAACUCAGUGGUGAGAUACCCAAGGAGAAACUUGGUCCCAGAGGUGAAGUUCGUCCCACCCCAUGAGCAGUGGUUCCCUGUAGCAAGCAGGUGCUAUUUUCGGAGAAGUGUAGAGUGGCCGACAGCCGGGCUAGUAACUGUAUUCCUCCCCACCAUGGGCAGCUGCAUCCUUGACGCAUGCAGCAUCCGACAAAGCAAUCCGCAAUAACGAUCCAAAUCCCGUUCUCCAGCCAUUCCCAGCCGCAGAUUGUGUUGCAUGGUACCUGUGCUUGUUUGGUUUGAAUAUGCAACAAGAUGCGCUCACACCCCCAUCUCCACUGUGCCAGUGGGAGGGAUGGAGCAUCAUACCUUGCUAGCCCCCUGUAACCGGCCUGCUACUGCCGCCUCCCAUUGCUUCUAAUGUCCUCUAAUGCCUUUGACUACAAGCUUAACUUUGACUUGAUGUCACACAGACACUUUAAGGAAAAACGCCAACCUCGUUGCCUGGGCCCAUCUGUGUUGAUGGGCUGCAGGAAUCCAUUAAAGGAUGUCAUUGGAAAACA